AUGUACUCAAAAGGUGUGGAUGUAAAGUACAAAUGCCAUAAUAGCAAAAGUGAUAAGAGUAAAUGUACUUGUAAGAAUGAUCAUCGAAUUGAGGUAGAAGAAAGAACUCUCAAGGAUGAUGGGAAAGAUACUGACUAUAGAUAUUUCAUACAUAGGAAUAGAACAACUGAAUCACUGAUAAAAGAUCUUAAUUAUGGUGGAGAAAUUCUUCAAAUAGAAAAUGCUGGAACAUAUACUCCAUUCUCUGAUGAACACCAGGAGAUAUGGGAAGUGGUAACUUACUACUCUUUUAAACAUGAUAAUGGAAGAACAACUAUAAAAGUUCCUCUUGCACUCAGAACACGAAGUAAAAUUGGCGAAGAUAAUGACAAGGUUACUUGGUACGAAAAUUCUGGAGAUAACCUAACAUGGAGGGAGAUUGAGGGCACAGGUAGCUUUCCCACGGAUUACCCAGGACAAGGUGGAGAUAAGUUUACUAAGAAGCUAAAUGAGCUCGCCUGUACUCUUCACAAACUCCAUAUAGUCAACAUUUACGAGACAAAAGACUAUAACUGUGCAUGCAGUCAAGCUAAGGUUCAAGUUAUCGCAAAUGAUAAAACUGUUCCUGGAUAUAAAAAUUACAGACAUGAAUACGAGACCGAGGAAAGCUCCGUUAGAUACAGAAAUUUUAAUCUUGAAGAUAAGGAUGGCGGAUUCGUUAAACUUGACAAAGAUACCCCUAAGCUAUCUGUAUACUACUGGGAUGCGGAUGAAAAGCGUAAAAAGAAACCCCUGAUUAUGGAAGUAGCUCUUGGAGGAUAUUUUAUAGGUACAGAAGUUAUUGUUAGUAAUAAUGGAGAACCAAAUAACGGUAAGUGGACUAUAACAGGAGAGCUAGGACCUGUAUCUGCAGACACUCUCCAUAAACAAAAGUGCAAACUCUUUCGACCGGUAGAUAUAAAUGUCUCAGUAGAAACUGGAGAGUAUGAUAAUUCACAUUGUAAUAGGAAAGACUGUCAUAGUAAGGUUAAAGUUGCUAACUACAAUGGUUAUAUACCACAUGGAUACAAAGCCUUUAAGCACACUUAUGGAGGGGGUAAAUUUACCAUCGCAAACUUCAUUGGAGAGCCUAAAAUACACGAGGACAAUCUUCCAAUAUGGGACGUUACGGAAGUGGUAGUCUUCAUUCCCGAUGGUGAUAAACCUUUCCUUGUCUAUGUCAGCAGUGAUGGCGGAAGGACUAAGAAGUGGUAUAGUAGAUCGAAUAAUGGUGACAACUUGGAAGAAGUUGGGGAUAUACUAGGAAACAAUCCUUCACAGACAACUAGUAAUAUUCUUAAUGCUGCUCUGGAGAUUAUUAAACAACUAAAAGAAAUACUACAACGUUCUGAAAAUCAAGAACCCGACGAAGAAUCCGAAGAAGAGGAAGACCAAAAAGAAAGGGAACUCAAAGGACUAGUCAAAGAUGAUCAGAUGGCAGAUGAAGAACGGUUUCAACAAGUACAAGAAGAAAAGGAGGACAAAGAAGAGGAAGAAGAAUCUGUUUCUAAACUUACUUUUCCUGAUUCUUCUGCUCCUGAAGAAGUUCCAGCUGCUGACUUGUCUGACCAAGUUCCUGAUACAGAGUCUGAGACUAAGAUUCUCCUGCAAGGUACUCCAGUGGCUCAAAUGGCUGAAGAUGCUAUAGAUGGUGAAAGACUCACUGGAACGCUAGAUAUAACACUUCCUCAGUCUAACGGGGAGUAUCCAGAGAUAGCAGAAAUAGGAUCUGCUACCGUUGCUCCUUCUGUAACUUAUGAUUCGGGUAUUCUCAUUGAGGAACACGGUAACACUAUAAAACACACUAUGCAUAGACAUGCGGUACCUAUUGUUGAAAUUGAUGAACCUGAUCCUGAAGUUAUUAUUACUAUAGAUGUAUCUAAUCCUCCUGAAACUACUCCUGAAACUGAUGGCCUUACUUCUCUUCAACAUGAAGCUACUACUGAAGUUACUCCUGGAGGACCUCAAGCUCUAUCAACCUCUUCUGCUCAAGGAACUCAUGGUCCCGGCCCUUCUCAAACUGGCUCAGGUUCUAUUCCUCCUGAAGAUUCUACUAAUAUUAUUGUCUCUGUAACUACGGGUAUUCUUGGUACUUCAGCCUUGGCUUGUUUUGCAGGAUUCAAAUACUAUAGGAGCUAUAGAGGAGAUCCCUGGGUUAGACAGAUUUAG